CCAGGGUUCAAGUGAUUCUUAUGCCUCACCCUCACAAGUAGCUGAGAUUGCAGGAUUGACUUCUAAACACUCUUGGUCCGUGAGGAAGAAAUCCGGAAGAGGAAGAGGAAAGCAGAGGAGUCAGGGAUGGCUCCUCCUCAGGGUCUAUUGACAUUCAGGGAUGUGGCCAUAGAAUUCUCCCAGGAGGAGUGGAGAUGCCUGGACCCUGCUCAGAGGACUCUAUACAGAGACGUGAUGCUGGAGAAUUAUAGGAACCUGGUCUCCCUGGAUAUCUCUUCCAAAUGCACGAUGAAAGAUUUCUCAUCAACAGCGCAAGGCAAUACAGAAGUGAUCUACACAAGGACAUUGGAAAGACAUCACAUUGGAGAUUUUUGCUUCCAGGAAAUUUAUAAAGAUAUUCAUAACUUUGAGUUUCAGUGGCAAGAAGAUGAAAGAACUGUCCAUGAAGCACCCAUGACAAAAAUCAAAAAGUUGACAGGUAGUACAGACCGAUACGAUCAAAGGCAUGCUGGAAACAAGCCUAUUAAAGAUCAGCUUGGAUCAAGCUUUCAUUUGCAUCUGCCUGAACUGCACAUAUUUCAGACGGAAGAGAAAAUUGAUAAUCAAGUUGAGAAGUCUAUCAACGAUGCUUCCUCAGUUUCAACAGCCCAAAGAAUUUCUCGUAGGCCCCAAACUCAUAUUUCUAAUAACUAUAGGAAUAAUUUCCGGAAUUCUUCGUUACUCACACAGAAACAGGAAGUACACAUGAGGGAAAAAUCUUUCCCAUGUAAUGACAGUGGCAAAGCCUUUAAUUAUAGCUCACUCUUAAGGAAACAUCAGAUAAUCCAUUUAGGAGAGAAACAAUGUAAAUGUGAUGUAUGUGGCAAAGUCUUUAAUAGGAAGCAAUAUCUUGCAUGCCAUCGUAGAUGUCACACUGGUGAGAAACCUUACAAGUGUAAUGAAUGUGGCAAGACUUUCAGUCAGACGUCAUCCCUUACAUGCCAUCGUAGACUUCAUACUGGAGAGAAACCUUACAAAUGUGAAGAAUGUGACACAGCUUUCCGUUUCAAAUCAAACCUUGAAAGACAUAGGAGAAUUCAUACUGGAGAGAAACCGUACAAGUGUAAUGAGUGUGAGAAGACCUUUAGUCGGACGUCAUCCCUCACAUGCCAUCGUAGACUUCAUACUGGAGAGAAACCUUACAAAUGUAAUGAGUGUGGCAAGACCUUUAGUCAGGAGUUAACCCUUACAUGCCAUCGUAGACUUCAUACUGGAGAGAAACCUUACAAAUGUGAAGAAUGUGACAAAACUUACAGUUUCAAAUCAAACCUUGAAAGACAUCGGAAAAUUCAUACUGGAGAGAAACCUUACAAGUGUAAUGAUUGUGGCAAGACCUUCAGUCAUAUGUCAUCCAUUGUAUACCAUCGUAGACUUCAUAGUGGAGGGAAACCUUACAAAUGUGAAGAUUGUGAUGAAGCUUUCACUUUCAAAUCAAACCUUGAAAGACAUAGGAGAAUUCACACCGGAGAGAAACCAUACAAGUGUAAUGAGUGUGGCAAGACCUUCAGUCAGAUGUCAUCCCUUACACGCCAUCAUAGACUUCAUACUGGAGAGAAACCUUACAAGUGUAAUGAAUGUGGCAAGACCUUCAGUCAGGAGUUAUCCCUUACAUGCCAUCGUAGACUUCAUACUGGAGAGAAACCUUACAGGUGUAAAGAGUGUGGCAAAGCCUUUUGUGGGCAGUCAGCACUUAUUUACCAUCAAGCAAUCCAUGGUCUAGGGAAACUUUACAAAUGUAACGAUUGUCACCAAGUCUUCAGUAAGUCUACAACCAUUGCAAAUCAUUGGAGAAUUCAUAAUGAAGAGAGAUCUUACAAGUGUAAUAAAUGUGGCAAAUUUUUCAGACAUCAUUCAUACCUUGCAGUUCAUGGGCGAACUCAUACUAGAGAGAAACCUUACAAAUGUGAAGAAUGUGAUGAAGCUUUCAGAUUCAAAUCAAACCUUGAAAGUCAUAGGAGAAUUCAUACUGGAGAGAAAUCAUACAAGUGUAAUGAAUGUGGCAAGAUUUUUAAUAAAAAAGGAAACCUUACACGUCAUCAUAGACUUCAUACUGGAGAGAAACCUUACAAGUGUAACGAAUGUGGCAAGAAGUUUAGUCGAAAUUCAGCUCUUGUAAUUCAUAAGACAGUUCAUACUGGAGAGAAACGUUACAAGUGUAAUGAGUGUGGCAAGACGUUUGGUCGAAAUUCAGUCCUUGUAAUUCAUAAGGCAAUUCAUACUGGAGAGAAACCUUACAAGUGUAAUGAGUGUGGCAAGACCUUCUGUCAAAAUGCAGCCCUUGUAAUUCAUAAGGCAGUUCAUACUGGAGAGAAACCUUACAAGUGUAAUGAAUGUGGCAAGGCUUUUAAUCGAAAAGCAAACCUAGCACGUCAUCAUAGGCUUCAUACUGGAGAGAAACCUUACAAGUGUAAUAAAUGUGGCAAGGUUUUUAAUCAACAAGCACACCUUGCACGUCAUCAUAGAAUUCAUACUGGAGAGAAACCUUACAAGUGUAAUGAGUGUGAUAAGGUUUUUAAUCAAAAAGCAAAGCUUGCACGUCAUCAUAGAAUUCAUACUGGAGAGAAGCAUUAGAAAUGUGAAGCAUGUGAUGAAGUUUACAG